UUGAAAGCACGACGCGCAGAACGAACCAUGAAGAAAACACAAAAAUCAACGCGAAAUUGGCGCGUAGUGUGGCACAGGCUGUCAAAAAGCUUUUUUUCUUUUCUCUAUCCCGAGCUUCUUUACAUGAGUAGACAUGCGCAGUUGUCGACAGCUCUCGAAAAUCGUUAUGCCAUACAUAUUGAGCCGGUGUACCUGACUAGCCUAAUUUCAGACAAGUCCAAAGCCGACAAUGCGACCACAGAGAGGCAGAUCUACGAUCACUUUCUAAAAUCCAACAUGUCAACUUCCUCUCUGCCAGUCAUACCACCCAACUUCGGGCAUCUGCACGAUGUUUUGUUUCCUGGCUCUCCAAAUGGAACUGUUCUCCAGAUAAAUAGCAUAAUGGAUGUUGAGAACAGUGCUCAGAGCUUGCUUAAUACACUCACUGCUUCCACUCCGGUACGCCAGGUGUAUCAUCAGCCUCCUACCGUCCCCAACGGUCCCGUUAACUUCCCGAGAGGCACGCUUAAGCUAGAGGUCACGGAUGGAUACAAAAUCAUCACUGCACUUGAAUUCAGGAGAAUACCAUCCCUCUCCAUGAACACGUAUCUGGGCACAAAGAUCCUUGUGAAAAACUGUCGCGUCAGUCGAGGGACACUGAUGAUUGAGCCAGGAACUUGCCAGUUAUUGGGCGGAGAUGUCCCGUCUCUAUACCACGGAGAUAUGCGAAAGGAUUUAGAGAGACGUCUUCGAACCCGAUUGGGACUUCCAGUGUCUGAUGAGCAGGAAGAUAACAAGGACGAAGAAGAUAUCAAACUUGAGCCACAGAUGUACGAUGAUAUGGAUAGCGUAUUCAAUAACGUGCUUAUCGAUGAUGUGAUGGAUGUGAGUGGCCUCACAGACAACAACUUGGCUCCUGAGAUACAGGUGGGAUCUCCACCGCUAGCAUUGGAGCCUGAUACGAAGAUACAUAAAACCCAUUCUUCAGCUGAACCAUUGGAAGAGAACAGCAGGUACUCCAAUGUCUCCUUCAGCGACUUCAGUAUGACCGAUGUGGAUGGUGAUAUACAAGGUUCCGAUCAUUCCGGCAAUCGUAUUCCAAAUAAUGAAUUUGCAACCAUUACCAGAAGUCCUGUCUUAUCACAGGAAUUUGGUCACCUUGACUUGAUUGAGGAUGACGACGACGUAGUGAUGAUUAAAGAAGAAAAGAUCAAGCAGGAAGGCACGGUUCAAACGUCAGUCUCGCAACUCAUCCGCAUAUACAAUUCCAGAAUCAAUAAAGAAAGUGAGUGGCAACAAAUCAACCGGGUUAUUGUGCAGUCGAAAGUUACCAGAUUGGGCCAGUUGAGAGUGAGCAAAACCAGAGGAUUUUAUACAGUUGGAUCCUUGCGUUCAGAACAAAGGAAAACGCAAGCUCAAAGUGAAAUCAACAUAUUUCUUGGAAAUAACGUGCUUGAGCCCAUGCUUGGAGCGAGCGCGAAAAGCCUUUUUACAAAUAGUGGAGACACCAACAUUCGUGAUCCAUCCUUUCAAGAAAAGUAUGGAAGAGAGGUUCAUAAUCGUCUCGGUAACCGAAUGAUGCAACUGGAGUUGGAUAUGAAAGAUAUGCAAGAUGUGGGACAGAAGUAUGGAGAAAAGAGGUUUGUUCCCAAAGUUGUCAGUUACAAGCCUUGCUGAUAAAAUAGGCUUGUAAACAUUAUAACAACGUGAUCAAAAGUCAAUGUAAAUUUAACAUGUACGAUAUAAUAUAAUUCUUUUCCA